GGGAGGGAGGGGGGGGCGCGGCGAGCGAUGGAUGAGGACAACAUGACGAGGAGCGAGGAGCAGGAGCUGAGUCUGCAGAAGGCGCUGCAGCAGUGCGAGCUGGUCCAGAACAUGAUCGACAUCAGCAUCUCCAACCUGGAGGGGCUCCGCACCAAGUGCGCCGCCUCCAACGACCUCACGCAGAAGGAGAUCCGCACCCUGGAGAGCAAGCUGGUGAAGUACUUCAGCCGGCAGCUGUCGUGCAAGAGGAAGGUGGCGCUGCAGGAGCGCAAUGCCAAGCUCGAGGGCUUCCCCCAGCUCCUGCACUGGUUCCGCAUCGUCGACAUCCGCAAGGAGGUCAUGGAGGAAAUCGCCCCGGGGCAGCUGAGCCUGGAGGAGCUGCUGGACAUGACGGACGAGCAGGUCUGUGCCACCCUGGAGAAGUUUGGUGCCAACAGCGAGGAGUGUGCCCGGCUGAACGCAUCCCUGUCCUGCCUGCGCAGCGUCCACAAGGCCGGCGGGAGCCUCUCCAAGCAGGACUGGACCAUCCAGUGGCCCACGACGGAGCCGGGCAAGGAGAACAGCCCGGGGUGCCCGGCGGAGCAGGGGCAGUGGGCACGGACGCACCUCUCGCAGAGCCCCAAGGUCCCGCCCAGGUGCGGGCAGCACCACUGCCACGGGGGCUCCCCCCACGCGCCCCUCUACACCCACGUGGACCGCCUGACCGUGGAGACCCACCCGGGGCUCUGCCCCCCGCUCGAGUCCGGCCACCGCUCGCUGCCGCCGUCCCCCCGGCAGCGCCACGCCGCCCACACCCCCCCGCGCACCCCCAACAUCGUCACCACCAUGACCCCGCCGGGGACGCCCCCCGUGCGCCGCAGGAACAAACUGAAGCCCCCCGGGACUCCCCCGCCCUCCUCGAGGAAGCUCAUCCACCUCAUCCCCGGCUUCACCGCCCUGCACCGCAGCAAGUCCCACGAGUUCCAGCUGGGCCACCGCGUGGACGAGGCGCACACCCCCAAAGUGAAGAAGAAGAACAAGCCCCUGAACCUCAAGAUCCACAACAGCGUGGGGAGCUGUGAGAACAUCCCAGCCCAGCGCUCCCCCCUCCUGGCCGAGCGCUCCCUGCGCUCCUUCUUCGUGGGGUACCCGCCCUUCCUGCCCUCCACCCCUCCCGUCCACACCGAAGCCACCUUCUCAGCCAAUACGCUGUCAGUGCCUCGCUGGUCCCCGCAGAUCCCCCGGCGGGAUCUGGGAAACUCCAUAAAACACAGGUUUUCCACCAAGUACUGGAUGUCUCAGACCUGCACUGUCUGUGGGAAAGGAAUGUUGUUCGGCUUAAAGUGCAAAAACUGCAAGCUCAAGUGCCACAACAAAUGCACCAAAGAGGCCCCUCCGUGUCACCUGCUGAUCAUCCACCGAGGAGGGAGACGAGCCGUGCGGGGCGAGGCAGAUUUGCAUUGCAAACCACUUCCACCCACCCUCCCCCUGCCUCCUUUUCUUUUCAGAUUCCCCACAGCACGGGCGAGGUUAGUCCGGACAGAGUCGGUGCCCUGCGACAUCAACAACCCCCUGCGGAAGCCGCCCCGGUACUCGGACCUGCACGUCAGCCAGACCCUGCCCAAAACCAACAAACUCAACAAGGACCACAUCCCAGUGCCCUACCAGCCGGAUUCCAGCAGCAACCCCUCCUCCACCACGUCCUCCACGCCCUCGUCGCCGGCGCCGCCGCUGCCGCCCAGCGCGACACCCCCGUCCCCCCUGCACCCCUCCCCGCAGUGCCCGCGCCAGCAGAAGCAGUUCAACCUGCCAGCUUCCCAUUACUACAAGUACAAGCAGCAGUUCAUUUUCCCAGAUGUGGUGCCUGAGACUCCAACCCGAGCCCCACAGGUCGUCCUCCACCCCGUCACCUCCAACACCAUCCUGGAAGGAAACCCAUUGCUUCAAAUUGAAGUGGAGCCCACCUCGGAGAAUGAGGAAGGCCCCGAGGAGGCGCAGGAAUCCGAGGACGACUUCGAGGAGAUGAACCUGUCGCUCCUCUCCGCCCGCAACUUCCCGCGCAAGGCCAGCCAGACCAGCAUCUUCCUGCAGGAGUGGGACAUCCCCUUCGAGCAGCUGGAGAUCGGGGAGCUCAUCGGGAAGGGCCGCUUCGGGCAGGUCUUCCACGGGCGCUGGCACGGCGAGGUGGCCAUCCGCCUCAUCGACAUCGAGAGGGACAACGAGGACCAGCUGAAGGCCUUCAAGAGGGAGGUGAUGGCCUACCGGCAGACACGGCACGAGAACGUGGUGCUCUUCAUGGGAGCCUGCAUGAGCCCCCCCCACCUCGCCAUCAUCACCAGCCUGUGCAAAGGACGGACUCUCUACUCGGUGGUGAGAGACGCCAAAAUCGUCCUGGACGUCAACAAGACGAGGCAGAUAGCACAAGAGAUCGUGAAGGGAAUGGGUUACCUGCAUGCCAAGGGGAUCCUCCACAAGGACCUCAAGUCCAAGAAUGUUUUCUAUGACAAUGGGAAGGUGGUGAUCACCGACUUUGGCCUCUUCAGCAUCUCGGGUGUUCUCCAGGCGGGCAGGAGGGAGAACAAGCUGCGCAUCCAGAACGGCUGGUUGUGCCACCUCGCCCCCGAGAUCAUCCGCCAGCUCUCCCCGGACACCGAGGAGGACAAGCUGCCCUUCUCCAAGCACUCGGAUGUCUUUGCACUGGGCACCAUCUGGUACGAGCUGCACGCGCGGGAAUGGCCCUUCAAGACGCAGCCGGCGGAGGCGAUCAUCUGGCAGGUGGGAAGAGGGAUGAAGCCCAACCUCAGCCAGAUCGGGAUGGGCAAGGAGAUCUCGGACAUCCUCCUCUUCUGCUGGGCCUACGAGCAGGAGGAGAGACCCACCUUCACCAAGCUCAUGGACAUGCUGGAGAAACUGCCAAAGCGCAACCGCCGCCUCUCCCACCCCGGGCACUUCUGGAAGUCGGCAGAGCUGUGACGGGAGGAGCCGAGGGACGGUGCCUUCCUCCCCCAGCACUUCUCCUCUUCCUCUCCGCUUCCCACCCCGUGCUGCGGAGGAGCAGCGGGCGCCGGGGGCCGACGGCGGGACGGGAAUGAGAUGGGAAUGAGACGGGAAUGAGAUGGGAAUGAGACGGGAAUGAGACUCUUCCCCCGCACGUUUCGCCCCGGGAAGCCUCUGCGGGGGCCGGAGGAGCCGGAGCGGCGGCCGAGCCCCGGGAAUGCCCGGCUGUGGUGGGAUGGGCUCUCCGCGCACACGGGGUCGGCCCUGGGGUCGGUUCCCCACCGAGCAGGGGUGACCCCCACGAGGCAAACGACUUCAAUUUUGGGCUCCUCUGACCCCACCCAGCGCUCACGGCGCUCGGCUGGGGCAGGGCUUGUGUUCUCGGUUCUCUGUGGGUUUAUUUAAUUUCCCUUAUUUAUUGCCUUUUCUUUUUUUUUUUUUUUUUCUUUUAAUGAAAAAAAGGGGGAAUGUUGCUGAUUCCCGAGUUCAGCACCGGAGCCUGCCGGGGCCGGGGAGUGCCGCCGCUUUUAGCUGCACCCCCCGCGGGGAAAUGCAUCUGGAGGAGCCCCGCUCCCCCCACGGCCCCUCGUGGGCGGCCGUGACCUUUCACAAGUGGCUUCUCUACCUCCCAGCCGUGUCCACUUACGUUUCCCCCCGCGGGUCUCCCUCCCAGCGGGACACAUCCCUGCAUUCCCUCUCAUUUAUCCCGGUGUGUGGCUCAUCAGCCGGCCUUGACCUCUCGCCCUCCCCGCCCCUGCUCCGCUCUUGCCUUCCCCUCCCUCCCCAAAUUCCGGGUUUGGGGGUGCGGAGGGGGCUGAGCAGAGCCGGGCUCGGGCUCAUUCCCCUCUCCCGUGGCCUUCCCUUCGCUGCUGGAGCUGGGAAUGCCAACGGGCUCUGGUUGUACAGAGCCUCUCCCCUCCCAGCCCCGCGCGUGGGACGAUCCCGGCUGAACGACCCGGUUUCCCCUGCACGUUCAUCUUCCACCUGCCGAAUCCCAGCCCUUCCCAAAGAAACGCUCCCUGGGCAGCAGCUCGGAGCCGGUGUUGCCGUCGGAACGCCGUGUGCUGGCAUUUCCCUCUCCCACCAGCUCAGGUGGCCCCUCCAGCCCGUCAGCUGAGCCGCCGAGCGACAGAUGAUGGCAAAUUGCAUUUCCAGGCCCUUAUUGAGCAUAAUUGCUUGACAGGAACCAUCCUGGAUAAUUCAGUUGGAGCCUCAGUUUAGCUUUAAUUUGGAGACACGACGAGGCUGUGCAAACUAACCAGCCUUGGUUUGUUUGCUGCUCUCCUCCAGCUCUUCCUUGUCGGUGUCUGAACCACUUCAGCAUAAGUAAAAGGAGAUUAGAAACCUAAUUGGAGCUGGGGUGAGACGGCACUUUAAUCGUGGGGGCGGGCACGAAGGUGCUUUGAUGUCUUAAAAUUCCCACACGUGCUGAUGUGUGAAAUCUGAGGUGGGCAGGAGCGGGGCGGGGGUGAAUCCAGCCCCAGAUGGGGCAGAGGGUGGGUCUGGAGGAGUCUCCUGCUGAUGCUUUUGGGACAUGUGCAGUCCAGCUGGGAUGAGGCAGGAUCGCCUCCUUCUGCCUUUGGUGCUGAGGCCAAGUGGGCUGAGCAAGGGAGGGCAGGAUGAGCCCCUUUUUUGGGCUGAUUGCCCCCUGCCCCAGCAGCACAGGCGGUUUGGGGUCCCUGAGUGAGGAGCAUCCCCUCAUGCCAUCGAUGCAGGAAGAUGCUCUGUGGCUGUUCACCCUCUGCCUCCUCCACAUCCCUCUUUUUCCCUUGCAAACACCCUCUCCCCACCUUCAUCCUGCCCCAGAGCAGAGCACCCAGGUCCUCUGUCACCCAUCCUGCCCAUCCCAAGCCCUCCUGCUGCCUCCCCCCUGCCCGUGCUCGUGCCAUAAAUGUUGCACUAAAGCCUCAGAGUCUCUCUGAGGUUUCACCAAUGCCUUCACCUGGGGUGCUCCUGAGCUCUGGGGCAGGGAGAACACCCCCCCUUGCCACAGGUUUUGGCUGCCAGGGGGGCACGGGGAGGUGUCACCACAAAAUCACCAGGCCCCAAAGCACCUUCAGGUGGGGAGGGGUCGCUGGAGAAAGGUUGGUGUCCUUGUGGCUCUGUGGGUUUAGUUUCUGAGCAGGAAAACUCACCUUCCUCGGUGAGGGGAAGGUGUUGGAAGGAUGAAGGAGGUGAUGCCACGGGUGCUGCUCGUCCCCAGGGGUGGCAAAGUGCUGUGGCCUGAUGGAUGUGCAGGUUUCUGGUGGAAGGGACAGUGUCCAUCCCAAAAGGAUUGCUGUGGGUUUGCUCCCUGUGCCCCAAGUCCUCACCUGGCCUGGAAAGUCUCACCUUGGCACGUCCCUCCGUGGGCUCUCCCAGCUGCUGACGGGCACCUGAUGGAUUUUAUGGGCCAAGAGUUAAGGAAACAAGUGAACUGAGCAGUCUGUUGGUUUGGUUGGUUUGGUGUUGGGUCCUCACAGGGCUCUGCUGCUGCCUCAGCCACACAACCAUGGAAUGGUUUGGGUUGGAAGGAACCUUAAAUCCCACCCCAUCCCACCCCCUGCCAUGGGCAGGGACACCUUCCACUAGCCCAGGUUGCUCCAAGCCCCUUCCAACCUGGCCUGGAACACUCCCAGCAAAGUGGCAUCCACAUUCUCUGGGCAACCUGUGCCAGGGCCUCCCCACCCCCACAGUAAAUUCUCUCUCCCCAACCUGCUCUCUUUUAGUCUAAACCCAUUCCCCUUGUCCUGUCUCAUUCCCCCUCGUCCGUGCUUUUUCCCCACUGGAUUUUGGGCAUCUGAAAGGAGCUAAGUGCUCCUUCUAGCCAACAAAUGUCACCAAAUCUUCCCUCUUCCCACCCUCCUUGUCCCCCUUUCCCCUCACCAUGAUGUCUCAGCCAGGCCACGAGCAGAGCUGUCACACAACAGCACGGAUGGCACAACAGCUGCCCUGUAUUUAUCAUAAAUCAGCUCAGAAAAGCAGCUCCUUCCCUUCCAUCCUGUUCAGCACUGGUGGUUCAGGCAGCAGUGUUAUUUGCAUCAUGCCUUCUUAUUUUUGAAAGUCUUAAUUAUUAAAAAAAAACCACACACAAACCACCAAACCAACAGAUCUUUGUUCUUUGUUUUUUUUGACUCUGGCUUUGUGAGGGGUGGUUUGUGUGAGGGGUGGUUUGUUUUGGUUUUUUUUUUUUAUCUCCCAGUUUAAAAAUAUCCAACCCUUCAUCAGGGAGAGAAUGUAGGAGAAGGUCUCCAAAAAACCCUCUAACAGGAGAUCCUAAGGAGGGAGAAGGUCCAUCCGGUGGCUUGGUCUAACUGUGUGAGCUAGAGGAGAGACAGGGCUGUUCCCAGAAGUGCCAAGUGAAAGCAGAGCUGGUUUGAGCACAGUUUGAGACCCCAGAACCAUCAGAGCUGGUUUGAGCUCAUCUUGAGACCCCAGAACCAUCAGAGCUGGUUUGAGCACAGUUUGAGACCCCAGAACCAUCAGAGCUGGUUUGAGGUCAUCUUGAGACACCACAACCAUCAGAGCUGGUCUGAGCUCAUCUUGAGACCCCAGAACCAUCAGAGCUGGUCUGAGCACAGCUUGAGACACCACAACCAUCAGAGCUGGUCUGAGCAGCAGUUUGAGACCCCAGAACCAUCAGAGCUGGUUUGAGCACAGUUUGAGACCCCAGAACCAUCAGAGCUGGUCUGAGCAGCAGUUUGAGACCCCAGAACCACCCCCAUCCUCAGGGUCUGUCCCCAAGCCCUCACAGAAGGGAUGUUCUCCUGGCCCAGUCCUCCAGCUCUCAGCUGCUUCAUCCUUUCAGUCGCCCUCCAAGGCUCCCAGAGAUCCCAAUCCUUGACUGUGCUGCUGCCUGGGGGUUUUUCCCGGCGUUCCAGUGCCGAUGGGGAGCACCACGUUUGGGAGUGGGUGGUGCAGGCACUGCCAGCCGUGGGAGGGGUGGUGCUGUGUGGCCCAGGAGCACCACGGCCUCCUCUGGCUGCCAGGUGGGAUCUCCUGCUCCGGCUUCUCCUUCUCUCCACCUUUGCCCACAAAUUGCCCCAAACCUCGCUGAGCCCUGACCGGGCAGAUCCUGGGUAUGAUGAGCUCAGAGUCCACCCCCUGUGACUUCAUCCAGUCCUUGGCCAUGGCAGGAGGUGACUGAGGUUUCGGAGGGAUGGGAGGCAGGAAUGGGUGUCUUGGAGGUGGAGGAGCUGCUCAACCUUUGUUAGAUCACAGAACCAUGGAACAGUUUGGGUUGGAAGGGACCUUAAAGGCGAUCUCAUCCCACCCCCUGCCACGGGCAGGGACACCUCCCACCAGCCCAGGUUGCUCCAAGUUUAUCCAACCUGGCCUUGGACACUCCCAGGGAUCCAGGGGCAGCCACAGCUUCUCUGGGCAACCUGUGCCAGGGCCUCCCCACCCUCACAGGGCACAAUUCCCUCCCAAUAUCCCACGUAAACCCCCCCUCUGCCAGUUCAGGACGCUCUUGGUGCCUGUGCCCUGUCCCUUUGGCCAGGCUGAGGAGAAGGGCUCUGUGCUGGGGGUGCCCUCAGACGUUGUUUUCCCCCCCAAGUGCCCCCUGUGGCCGGUGCUCUGCCGGGCACCUUGGCUUUUCCUUCCUCCUUUCUUUCUCCCCGUUUAUUUAUCUUAAUUUAUUUGAAUUUAUAUCUCUAUUUUUUCUAUUUUUUUUAAUUAUUUUUAUUUUUUUUUGGUUGCCAACAGCGAUUCCUGGGGAAGCUGCAAGAGCCGCCUUUCAUUUCCAGCCCCUGUAAAGUUCCCUUUCCUUGUUAGAGGAAAAAAAAAAAGUUACAUUUCCUUGUACAUAAGGUAUAUAUAAAUAUAUAUACAUAUCUCUAUAUGUAUGUAUAUAGAUAUAUACAUAUAUAACGAGCUCUAAAUCCUGUACAGUUUCCAACUGAACUCGAUGGCCUGCUUUGUUUUCUCCGUGUUUUCACCGUUGCAGAAUGAGCUGACUUUCAUCUCCCUUUUUUUUUUUUCUUUUUGGUGCCUCUUCCCCCUUUUUUUUUUUUUUUAUAAAUAUAUACAGAAAAAUAUAUAUAUAUACAUAUAUAUAUAUUUUGUCGUCGUCGUUGCAGAGCUGGAAAAAAAAAAAAGAGACAAAACAAAACAAAAACCCAACGACAAACAGUGAGAAAAAAAAAAAAACAAACCCAAACCUUACAAAUCACCCCCUCCACAAAAACAAACAAACAAACAAAACGACAGAAGAGCAGCGCUGAGAAAGGCACGAUGGAUGUCCCCCGAUGUAAAUUUGUACAGUGACGAUUUCUAACGUUUUCUACACUCGCAGAAAAGUUAUUUAUAAUUUCCGCUGUCCGACUGGGUGCGAAUCUCUGUGACCUGCAGACCUGGAUCGCCGUUUGUUCCCGUGGUUUCUCGUGCAGUGUUUGGUGAGGUGACAGUGUAUGAAUUAUUUAUGCCAAUAAAAAAAAAAAAAAAAAGGAGAAAAAAAAAUAAUAAUAAAAAAAAAAAAACGACCGACCAAACAAAA